CUGCGUACAGUGUUGUUGAGACAGGCAUGCGUCGUGCAACUUUUCCGCAUCGCGCUGCAGUUCUACAUUUUCUGCACUUCCUCAUUGAGAGUUGCUCUGGGUGAAUGCGUUUCUCGUACAUUUUAAAUACUUAAAACAGUCCUUUUGUAAUAAUAUAGAACGAAACAACCAGAGAUGUCAAAGCCUCCUCCAAAACCGGCCAAACCAGGCCAAGUCAAGGUCUUCAGAGCUCUCUUCAGCUUUGAACCCAGAACUCCGGAUGAACUGUACUUUGAAGAAGGAGACAUUUUGUACAUUUCAGACAUGAGCGACAGCAACUGGUGGAAGGGAACCUGCAGGGGUCGAACGGGCCUGAUCCCCAGUAAUUACGUGGCUGAGCAUGCUGAGUCGAUAGAUAACCCCAUGCAUGAAGCCGCCAAACGAGGAAACCUGAGCUGGCUGCGGGAAUGCCUGGAUAACAAGGUGGGAAUCAACGGACUGGACAAGGCUGGGAACACUGCCCUGUACUGGGCCUGCCACGGCGGACACAAAGAUGUGGUGGACCUCUUACUGGGACACGCCAACAUCGAGCUGAACCAACAGAAUAAACUGGGAGAUACUGCGAUUCAUGCAGCCGCGUGGAAAGGCUACUCAGACAUCGUGGAGAUGCUGCUCAACAAGAACGCCAGGACGGAUGUCCUCAACAAUGAGAAGAAGCUAGCCCUGGAGAUGGCCACCAAUGCACAGUGCGCAUCCCUACUGAAGAGAAAACUACAAAUCAGCUCGAGUCGAACACUCAGCAAUGCGGAGGAGUACCUGGACGAUGAGGAUUCUGACUGAGCGGCCCCAGGGUUGAGCUUCCUCAGCCCGGGGCGAGGGCCAGGCUGCGUGGGGCCUGGGGUGGGGGGAGCUUGGUCCGGUUAGCGGUUAGCGACUGCGCACAUUCCACACAAAAAUAAAAGGAAAUAAACAUAUUAGCUCCACAAACAGAGAAACCAUCAUUCAAAGUUCUUUGUGAAAACGAUUCAUUAUAUUGUUAAACUGGCCCUGUCUGAUUUUAGGGAUUUAUAAACCACGUUUGUUGGCACUCUGCAGUUUGGGUAAAGAAAUACAGCGGGAGUGAGACGCGUUCCCCUCCUGAUUUUUUUUUUUUGUUUGUUUGUGAUUGAAUUUGAGAUCCUGUUUCCAACGCCCCUCUUCCUCUGUAUAUACCUUAAAACUGCUGCUCUUCUCAUUUCGCACAUUCUAGUGCCUCAAGGAGAGUCUGUAUUAAUCUUCGUAUUCAAACAGUUUUAAUACAAACAGUGGACCAAUCAUUAAAUAUUUAAGAGCUGAAUGCAACGGCAUUGAAAAGUCAUUCUACUUUUAUGCAAUUUUUUUUCUUUUUGCGGUUUUUGUGAGCAAUACAGCUAUUAUUCUGUAUCUUCAUUUUUCUUUGAUUUUCGUUCGUACUUUUUAUUUUACAACCUCUGCUUAUCUGUCCUUUUUGAAAAAAGGAGAAAGAAAACUAUGCAAUAAAUUGAUUCUAUCUCA